UUAUAAAAUUGUAACAAAGAGAAGAGCCAACAAGGUAUAUAAACAUCAGUUGAAUUUUAUUAUUUUCAGUUUAUCUUGACUCUUUGAUAUCAAGUCAAUAUGAUAGAGGAAAUUUUUUUUUUACUGGCAUUAUGGUGUACCAUGAGUACCAGUGUGAUAGGUGGUCUAUUGCCAGAAGCUGUAAACAACGGAUAUCAAUACAAUAGACCAACUGGUUCAGUACUUGAUACGACUAGAAGUACUGAUGCCUAUAAUUCAAAUGGUAGAUUUAUAAAACCAGUUAAUGGUUUUGAUUUUGGUAGUCGUUCAUCCAAUAUAAAUUCUAUACCUGGUUAUGGUGGUAUUGGAUAUAACACAAGAACAAGUUCAUAUCCUAGAUCAAAUAUUUUCAACAAUGGGCUUGAUUAUCCAGCUCCAGGCACUCCUGGAUAUAAUGCUGAUCAAUAUCGUAGAUAUUACAACGAUGAAAAUAAUGCUCCACGUCCGUAUAGUUUUCAAUAUGAGGUGCGAGAUCCUCCGAGUGGUAACGAUUAUGGCCAACAGGAGAGUAGUGAUGGCAAUGUUGUACGUGGUGAAUAUCGAGUACUUUUGCCGGAUACAAGAACACAAGUUGUUACGUAUACAGCAGAUGAUGUGAAUGGUUACAAUGCGGAUGUACGAUAUGAAGGACAACCGCAAUAUCAAAGACCACCUGGUUAUCAAUUCAAUGGACUAGACGGUGGCUAUUAUAAACCUGGUUUUGGACCUGCUGCUUAUCAAGGUCGUGUUGGCUACAACGUACAACCAGGUGUUGGUGGGUAUAAUACAAAUGUCAAUGGCAUCUUCCGCAAUACAAGUGGCAAUGAUAACGGUGUAGGCGUUAUUCCAUCUAAUCAAUAUCUACCACCAACAACCACCACAACUUAUGGCAAAUGAUUGCCCCUCAAUUUUAAACCCAACACAACUGCAA